AUGUCGCUCGGACACCACCACGCCUGGCUCCCCCCAGGCCAUCUGCGCCCUCCAGAUGACCUUCAUGAUGCGCGGUCGGCCAAUGGCUUUUCCAGAUCUUUUUCCGGCGCUCGCACCCCCCAGUUGCGCGCCUCGGCCGAUGCCGACGGCCUGCACGCGGGAACUUUGAUAUCCGAUGCUGAUCUGGCAGCCGACGAUGACCCACGUAUCGCCAUGUUCCGGGACUUGUACAAGCGCAGCGAGGCGCAAAUCAACGAUCUCUUCGCCAACCAGAAAUCCGCCGAGGAGGCCGCCCGCAGCGCGGUCGCUGAUGCGGAGGAGACCCAGACUAAGAGCCAACGCGCCGACGAGUCGGCUCCGCCUCCCGCACCCGCCAAGAAACCCGCGAGGAAACUCGACGAUGACGACUACGAUGACUACGACGACGACGACGACGAUGAUGAGGCUCCAACCCCUCCUAAGCCCAAUUCACUCGGCACAUCUCACGACCCGAGCGGUCUCCCGUCGCCCAGUCGGCCCUCCAGUGGCUCCGUGUCGGUCGUCAUCGAAGCGCAAAAGGAAACUAAGAAAGAAACCCUGGAGGACAUCCGCAAAAAGCUAGAACAAGAUAAAAAGGCUACCGAGGAGGCCGCCAAACGGAGUUUCCACACCCUCUUUUAUACCCUAGAAAAUGAUAGAGAUGCCAUGCUGGACCAGCAGCGACUGGAAGAGUCGGAGCGCCAAGUCGAGGCGGAGAUGUCGGGACAGGCCAACGCAGGCAACAACCCCAAUUCCAACUCCAAUGGGUACGGCUCGCUGAGUAGCGCCAACCUGGGCGCCUCGAGCCUGACCCUCAAGAACCUGAUCGCGCGCAUUGACAUGAAGCGCACCAUGGUGCAAGCUUCGGAUGCAGAGCUGCGCAGUCUGAUGAGCGAAGUUCGGAAGAACCGAAGCAAGUGGGCCAGUGAGGACAAGAUCGGUCAAGAGGAGCUCUAUGAGGCCGCCGAGAAGGUCCUCAGUGAACUCAAGGCCAUGACAGAACACUCGACGGCGUUUUUGACCCGUGUCAACAAGCGCGAUGCGCCUGACUACUACACGAGUAAGAACUCUCUGCUUUUUGCGAACGGAUCGUCGCUCUUCAAUAUGCUAACCCCCAUUUCAGUUAUCAAGCACCCCAUGGACCUUGGCACUAUGACUAAGAAGCUCAAAGCUCUGCAGUAUAAGUCGAAGCAAGAAUUCGUUGACGAUAUCAACCUAAUAUGGUCCAAUUGUUUCAAGUACAACACUAACCCCGAGCACUUCUUGCGUAAACAUGCAUUGUAUAUGAAGAAAGAAACUGAGAAGCUCGUUCCCCUUAUCCCGGAGAUUGUCAUUAGAGACCGGGCUGAGGUGGAAGCAGAAGAGCGGAGGCUCCAGCUCGCCGAGAUGGAUGGCGCAGACGAGAGCGACGAUGAGCCCAUCAUGUCGUCCCGCGGAAGGAAGGCGCCUGGCAAGUCAUCGAAGAAGGGAGCUGCUCCUGUGCGGAAUACCCCCAGCGGAUCGGAACCUCCUGCGGGUCAAGCCUCUCAACCACCCGCGCCUGUACGGUCGGAUUCAGACACCGUGAUGGAAGGCACCCAGAAUGGCUUUCCCACGCCACCUCCCGGGGGAGCGCAAACCCCAUCGGAUCCUGCUGGUGUUGGCGCCGGUGUCCAAGGAAGCCAGGGUGACGCCAUGGAGAUUGAUGGGUUAAUACCUUCGAACAACAAUACCCUGACUGCCUUACCAGCGUCUGGCAUGGAGUCGGAGGACCCCGAGUAUAAAGUCUGGAAACAGGUCACGAAAAAGGAUCGUGCUGUCAUUGCCGCGGAGCGACAUCGCCUGUUCAAGGGCGACAAACUCAACUCUGAGGAGCCGGCCCUGCUUAGGACCAAGGCUGGCAUGAGACGGUGGCUGAGAAACCAGAUGCAAAUCAAUGCCGAGGGCGACAAAGCCCGCGAGUCUACCGCGCAGGGUCUGGACCCUGGUGCAGCGGGUGAGACCCUAGCCGAAGGAAUCGAGGUGGACGAGGAUCGUGUUAUUCCUGAUUAUUACGACGUAAUGUCGGGCGUCCCUGACCUGCCUCCGCAUUUGUCAUGGAAGGAGGACUCCGAUGGUAACAUUGUGGAUGCCUCUGAAGAAUUCUUGCGCGUGCUGCCGUCCGGGUCUUUCACUCAACCGGACAGCAAACUUUCCCGCAAGAUGGAUGCGAACAUGCGUCAAAUGCAGGAGACACGGAAGGUGUGCUCGAAGAUCGGCAUUGUUAAGCAGAUGCAGCUGCAAUCUCAGAUGUACCAAAAUCAGUUCCAGAAAUAUCAGCCUGAACCGUUUGUUGAACACGAUGUUCCCGCGCAUGUGAUGAACGACGGGGGCCCGGUCAUUUCUCCGUGGGUGUGCAAAGCAGCCCUGCAGCGCUCAGUAGCGAAGAUAUUCUAUCACACUGGUUUCGAAGAGUAUCAACCGUCAGCUCUAGACGCAGUUACCGACAUCGCCUCGGAUUUUUUCCAAAAAAUUGGAGAGACUUUGAAGUCAUACAUGGAAACACCGAAGCUUCCGGCGUCUGAAACUCCAGAACCGAACACAGCGCCGCAAUGGAAACGAGCGUAUACGGAACCGGAAAUGGUCCUCCAUACGCUCUCCUCUGUUGGUGUCGAUGUGGAAAGCCUGGAGUCAUACAUCAAGGACGACGUCGAACGUCUCGGGACCAAGCUUUCAACUGCCCAUGACCGUCUUCGGUCGUUGCUAUCCGAGCUUCUGCGACCUGCCCUUGCGGAUGGCGGCGAAGAUGGCUCCAGUGCCUUCCAAGACGGAAGCGAGCAGUUCAUUGGCGGUGACUUCGCCGAAGAUAUCGAUGAAGACUUCUUCGGAUUCAAGGAGUUGGGGCUGGACAGAGAGUUUGGGCUGGCUACCCUCAGUGUUCCGCUUCAUCUUCUGCAGAAUAGGAUGUACAAUGCUGCUCAGGCGCAGAACACAAGUGCUGCACAAGCUGUCACGCUCUUUCCCCCGCCUCCCGCUUACCCUCGCAUCACAUCUGAGACAUUGUCUUCGCAAAUUGGUCUGGUACAAGGGUUCCUUGGUGCCAAGUUAAAGACCAGUAACAGCGAGUCUUUAGUCGAAGAUCUUGAGCUUCCCCCGAAACAACGACCUACGGCCGGGCGACCUCGUCUUCCUGCAUCCGGCAAAAUUCAGCCACCUGCAGCAGCUUCAGGUCUCACCACCAGCCCCCAGAAGCGACCUCUUCCCCCAUCUGCUGCAAGCCAACAACCCGCCUCCAAGCUCGGAAUGUCGGAACCCAGUAAGAAGAAAGUCAAGAAAAACAGUGGGGCCAGCAUCGGCGCUUCUGAAUCUGUUGUAGAAGGAGAGGAGGCAUUGCCGGGUGUGGAUGGCACGAAAGCUUCAGCCACCACCGCUGUCAAGCCCAAUCCCGCUGAUGAGCCUUCUGUGGAUGCCACUCCUGACCUUAGUGGCAAAAGGGACAUGGAUACCGGGCCUGAUGGCGUCGGUGCGGAAAGCGUUGACAAUGCUGCAUCACUGACGAACGGAACGGUGGCUGUUGAUGCGUCAUGA